CCGCCUUCCUCCACCCCCGGCGUGGGUGAUCCUGAGGCUCGGCGCGCUUCGGGGCAGAAGCUCUGGGACGCCGUCGUCGACGCUGCCACCGUUGGUGCUUCUGCAGCUGCUCACAGCCCCUUAGCCCUUUCCCCCGCCCGCGGCCCCUGGUCGGCCCUCCCGCUCAGCCCCGCCGGGUGCUGCGAGGCCCCCGGCUUUGGACUGAUUCCGAGGGGGCCGCAGGCGCGCAGACUCGCCCCCCGCCGGAGCGCUCCGGCCCGGCCCGCGAGCGGUCCCUUGUAGACGUUCGAGGAGCCUGCCGAGUGCCGUCCCGGCGCCCGCCCACCGAUUGGCCCGUCGGCCCGCUUCUUCCUGAUGCAGACUGCCGUCCACUAGAGGUUGGACAGGACCCCCGAGAGAGAGAGAGAGGGAAAAAAAGGAAGAAGCAUAAUUCAGCCAUUUUUUGCAGCACACAGCUGCAGGCCAUGGCAGGGGACGUGGAAGGAUUCUGUUCCUCCAUCCAUGACACCAGUGUCUCUGCUGGGUUCAGAGCACUGUAUGAGGAGGGAUUGCUUCUUGAUGUCACUCUGGUUAUUGAAGAUCAUCAGUUCCAGGCCCAUAAAGCACUCUUGGCCACCCAGAGUGAUUACUUCAGAAUUAUGUUUACCGCAGACAUGCGGGAACGAGAUCAGAACAAGAUCCAUUUAAAAGGGCUAACUGCCACUGGUUUUAGCCAUGUCCUUCAGUUUAUGUACUAUGGAACUAUAGAACUGAGUAUGAAUACUGUCCAUGAGAUUCUUCAAGCUGCCAUGUAUGUGCAACUCAUAGAAGUGGUGAAGUUCUGCUGCUCUUUUCUCUUAGCGAAAAUCUGCCUAGAAAAUUGUGCCGAAAUUAUGAGACUCUUAGAUGAUUUCGGUGUAAACAUUGAGGGAGUCAGGGAGAAGUUGGAUGCCUUUCUGCUAGAAAACUUUGUGCCACUCAUGUCCAGGCCUGACUUCCUGUCCUAUCUGAGCUUUGAGAAGCUUAUGUCUUAUUUGGAUAAUGAUCAUCUCAGCAGGUUCCCAGAGAUAGAGCUGUACGAGGCUGUGCAGUCUUGGCUUCGACAUGAUAGAAGACGCUGGAGACAUACUGAUACCAUCAUUCAGAACAUCAGGUUUUGUUUGAUGACCCCAUCCAAUGUUUUUGAAAAGGUUAAAACAUCAGAAUUUUACAGAUACUCUCGACAGCUGCGCUAUGAAGUUGAACAGGCGUUGAAUUACUUUCAGAAUGUUCACCAGCAGCCUCUGUUGGACAUGAAAUCAAGCCGCAUUCGUUCUGCCAAACCGCAAACUACAGUAUUCCGAGGAAUGAUUGGACAUAGCAUGGUUAACAGCAAAAUCCUACUCUUAAAGAAACCGAGAGUCUGGUGGGAGCUGGAGGGCCCGCAGGUACCUCUACGGCCAGACUGCCUUGCUAUUGUCAACAAUUUUGUGUUCCUGUUAGGUGGGGAAGAGCUGGGCCCGGAUGGUGAAUUCCAUGCUUCUUCCAAAGUGUUCAGAUAUGACCCAAGACAAAACUCUUGGCUGCGGAUGGCAGACAUGUCUGUCCCCCGUUCAGAAUUUGCAGUUGGUGUUAUUGGCAAGUUUAUUUACGCCGUAGCAGGCAGAACCAGGGAUGAGACUUUCUAUUCAACAGAGAGAUAUGACAUCACCAAUGAUAAGUGGGAAUUUGUGGAUCCUUAUCCAGUUAACAAAUACGGACAUGAAGGGACAGUGCUCAAUAACAAGUUGUUCAUCACUGGUGGAAUCACCUCGUCUUCCACCUCCAAGCAAGUGUGUGUGUUUGACCCCAGUAAAGAAGGGACCAUAGAGCAGCGGACCAGAAGAACCCAAGUAGUUACCAACUGUUGGGAGAACAAGAGCAAGAUGAAUUACGCGCGAUGCUUUCACAAGAUGAUUUCUUACAACGGUAAGCUUUACGUCUUUGGUGGUGUCUGUGUGAUCUUGAGGGCCUCUUUUGAAUCUCAGGGAUGCCCUUCCACAGAAGUGUAUAACCCAGAGACUGAUCAGUGGACCAUCUUGGCAUCCAUGCCAAUUGGUAGGAGUGGCCAUGGUGUGACUGUGCUGGACAAACAAAUAAUGGUUCUCGGAGGCCUUUGCUAUAACGGUCAUUACAGUGAUUCCAUUCUCACAUUUGAUCCAGAUGAAAACAGAUGGAAGGAAGAUGAGUACCCUCGAAUGCCCUGCAAGCUGGAUGGCUUACAAGUGUGCAACCUGCAUUUUCCGGACUAUGUGCUGGAUGAAGUCAGACGUUGCAACUAAUGACAGCUUUUUCCUUUGAAAAAACAAAGGCAAACAAAGCAUUUGUUUGUGCUAAAGUAGUUAAUUAACAAACAUAAAAGAAAAACCUCACCAGUUUUACUAUCAAAGCCAUUGGUCUAAUAUCGUAAGAAUUUCUCAUUCUGUGCUAGCAUCCUUUUUCCCCCAGUGGCCUCAAACUCAUGCAAUAAGUGAAAUCUAAGCGCUAGCUCUUGAAACUACUUCCAGAAGCAGUUUAAUGGAAUGCUCCACUUACCUAGGAAGUUGAUUUUCUGCUUUACACAUUUCUUUCAGGUGUUAGUGUAGGAGUCACGCAUCUUCUAAGAGAAGACCGACAUGUGUCACUGGAUGUGAUUUCAGUCCCUUUCUCUUUCCGAAACCUUUUUGAACAUUUAUUUCCGUGUAUUUCGGUCUGUAAUUUUUUUGGGGUUUUAUUAUUUAAAUGUUUAAAACUCUUGACCUUUUUGCAUGGCUUUUUGCUGAAAAUGCAAAAAUACAAAUUUUCUAUACAAAGUUAACUUUUUAUAUUCAAAACACUAUUUCUAAGCUGCCUUCUCUAAACUGCAUCGUGUUAGUGAAAGCAUAUCCAUACUUCCUAUAAAUAGAUAAGGCACAUCCCUUGUACGUGUGGUUAGGAUUCUAUAUUUUUAAGCUAGUACACUUGCACACACGGUUCGCCAUACUUGUUGAAUUUUAGAUGUAAUGUCUUUUCGUGUGUUAACAUUUUCAGAAAGUUAAAAUAACUGGAGUCCUCAUUUGAUAUCAAAGUAGCCUAUUUUGAGUCCAUACAGAUUCAGUAAUAUUAGAGCUUCUUGUAUUUCUGAAACAUGUAUGGAUUUAAGAAAACUAACAUUUUUAUACUUUAUUUUCAGAAGUAAAUUUUAGUGUUCCUUACCAAUACAUGCUUUCUUUUUGAAAAUGUUUUUCUUUGCAGUCUGUUUAACAUUGCCCUGUUUUUAGUGAGAAUUGGAGUGGUAUUUGACAAGCUCUGACCCUGCAGCGUAUAAGCACUUUUAAAGAGAAUUUAGGGAAUACCAGACUCCUGAAUAAAGGCCCCUUGAAAGUAAGUGCAACCCCCAUUCUUUCCAUUCAUUAAGGCUGCUGCAUCUGUUAUUGGAUGGAAGAUAGCAACUCUUGGAAAAUUUGAGCUCAGUUUUGACUUAGAGAUAAGAAUUACGUUAUUGGUUGUCUACAUGUUUAUUUCAUAUAAAAUACCAUACAAAAAUACCCAGUGGCACUAGGGACGUAAGCCCUCAGCUUUUGCCUUGUUUACUGAAAGCUACUAGCAUGAAGGAUAGUAACCACAAAGUUCAGAGUGAAUCAAGAAUAGCUGUUCAAAAGUGUUUAUAAGUAUUUUAGGAUUAGCUGCACCUUGCAACUCUGUAGAUUCGAAGGAGAAGAUGGAGUUGACAAAAUUCAGCAAGACUAACCUGGGAAUGGAUCAUUCAAAUUGAUGCCAUUUUCUCUGGAGUAGUCUAUAUGUGAUACAGACUAGAUCUACACUGGCAGAACUUGCCAGAACUUAGGAUAUUGGUGCAAUAUUGCAAUGCCUUCUAUAUGGCUGCUGUUGUAUAAAUUUUCUAGUUUCUGUGUUUUUUCUCUGUUUUCUUUUCUUUUUCUUUUUUGCUGCUGCCACCAUUGAACAUAAUAGAAGCGUGACGUGGAAAUGUGAAGACUUUGUUUUUGUUUUUGUUUUUGCAGUUCAGUUAGACUUACUGUGUAAUAAAACCUGAUUUUAACACUCCAUUAACUGGAGACAUUUGAGUUUCAGAAACACAAUCAGGUGCACAAGUAGCUUUUGAAAGAGAAAUAUCAUUGGCAUUGGUUUCAGAAAUCAAGUUAAUAAUAUUCUUUUGUAUAUGAGACUUAAUUUUUCAUUAAGUGAUCUUUCAUUUACUUAGUUUCUAAAAAUGCAAGUUGAUAUCUUGCUUCCCAUAGUAAUGUGGGUAAAAGUCUUUUUCUACUUUUUUUUUUAAGAUUUUAUUUAUUUAUUUGAGAGGUAAAGUUACAGACUGAGAGGGAGAGACAGAGAGAAAGGUCUUCUAUCUGCUGGUUCACUCCCCAAAUGGCUGCAGUGGCCGUAACUGCACUGAUCAGGAGCCAGGAGCUUCUUCCUGGUCUCCCACCCAAGUGCAGGGGCCCAAGCACUGGGGCCAUCUUCCACUGCUCUCCCAGGCCACGCAGAGAGCUGGAGCAGAAGAGGAGCAGCUGGGAGUAGAACUGGCGCCCCUAUGGGAUGCUGGCGCCACAGGCGGAAGAUUAACCUGCCCCACAGUGCCAGCCUCUGUUUCUACAUUUAAAAAUACUCUUUAAUUCUGUUACUUUUGAAAAUUAGAGAUUAAGUUAACCAUUUAAUUUUUUUUCUAAUACAUUAGUUCAUUUAAGGUUUUUGAAUGUGCGCUGUCUUGCUUUAAAGAAAAUAAUGUCUUCAUUAUUUUCCUCAUUGAUGUCUUUUGCUGGGAAAGACCAAGAAGGCACCAUCAGACGGAGUGCCCAUAUCAAAGGCUUGACACUCCAGUGGUGGCUCAGAUGGGAAUUCAUAGCCCUACUUAGGGUCACAUCCGAGCAAACAGUUGUAUUUUCUUGGUUUUCCAUAUAAAAGACAUGAGGCCAAGAUCAAAGUUUGUGUUUCAUAAAAUUUGUGAAAUCUUAACUUGAACUAACUCUGGGUUCAGCUUCACGUAAGUCAUGUCUGACCUGAUGUUAGCUGUAAUCAGUUUUGAGCUUUAAGAAUAGUUGCUAUGGCUUGGGUUCUGAAUGUAUGAGAAAACUCUUCUGUUUAUAGGUAGUUCUAAUUUAGGUUCUUUUAAAUCCAUGAUUAACGUACAUUCCCUUUAAAAUUAUGGUUUAAUUGCUGCAAGAGAUUUAUUUUUGUUAUACUAAACUAUGGAAAAUUUUUUCAUACAACUUUUUUCAAGUUUAUUUUUUGUGUGCUUCACUUCAAAGCAUUUGUGUUUAUGUACAUUGUAUGCGCUCAAAAUAGUAGUUAUUUCAAAAUUCAGUAAGAGAUUUGAAACUACAGUAUAACUGUUAUGCCCUAUGUGUUACUUUGCUUUACGUUUUAAAUGCCAGACUUCACAAAAAUAGCUGAUUCUCAUUAAUUGCAUCUUAAUUAGAACCAUUGGUUCUCUUCCAUGUCUUUGACCUUCUAAGUUUUGAUUUUGAAGAAAAUCCUUGCACUACAGCCGUUUCAUAAGAUGCAAGAUUCUCACACUGAAGGUUUUGUAUUGGAAGAGAUGCUACUGGGUUUUAAAGAAGCAAAGCUUACUGAGUAGACUUGUGUUUCCUGAGACAGCAUUCUCUGUGCACUCAUUCCUCUGCUCUCUGCGAGUGUUGCCCUCGUUUGUGAAAUACUGACUGAGCCCGUCACUUGCUCUUUGCUAAAGCAGCACCUUCGGACACCUCAUUCUGGGCAGCCUGCGUGGCUCGUAGGAAAGGACACACGUGUCUGUGUGGGGACAAGUGGUGAAAAUGGAGAGUUUUGUCUUAACUACAUGAAACUAAGCUUUAAGAUAUUUUAUAACAAAUUAUUUGAGCUGCAUAAUCUAAAACAUGUCAAACAUUCAGUGGGACUAUUUUUAUAUAUGUAUAUGUGGGUGUAGGUCAUAACAUUUCAGUUUAUAAUAUAAAUUGUUAUUUCAGUUUAUAAGCUAUCUCAGAAGAGACUAGCUCUUUUGAGAAUACAUAAUUUAAAGUUUUAGACUGAAGUAAAACACAGCAUAGAUAUAGUGUAAAUUAGAUAUAAUUGAGGGCUAUAUGGCAGUAAAACUGCUAGUGCCAGUUUUCUUGUUUGCCUACUAUACAUUUUGACUUUUCUUUUUUAUUCUGAACAUUUUUAGACAUCAUAUAUUUGUUCAGUCACAGAGUCGGUUUGGGAAUAAAUAUCUUCUAAAAAGAGAUUUAUCUUAAAAACGAAAAUUCUGAGAAAUUAGUUUACCAAGAGUUUAUAAAGUCAAAUAUUCAAUAGGCAUAGACUGGAAUAGAUAAAUUCAUGGAAAUCAUAUCCUUUCAGUAUACCAGUGCAACUUCAAUAUUACACAAGUAACAUUGAGAGAAUGCCAUCAGCUUUGUUCCCCCUUGAUAUUCUUGGGUUUUCUUUUUUACAUCUUCGGGAACAGCUACAUUAAAAAUUUUAUUAACCAGUACCAGUAAGGAUUAAGUGUUUGCUUUUUGAAGGAACGUUCCAGUGAGGUGAUCGGAGAGGUUAUUUUCUACCUAACUUGUAUAUGCCCUGUAUCUCUUGGGCAUACUUUGUCUAUAGAAAAAUAUUUUGACCUUUAGGUACAUUUUGGGCCAGUAGUCAAAUAAUCCUAGAGCCGAUAUAACAGUCUUAGAAUAAUUUAAGGUUUGCCUUUUAUACCUGUUUUGAAAGCCUUUACAUUUUUGUCAGGUAAUUUUUCCCAAGCCGUGGAUAUAAUCUAUUCAAACAUGUUUAUGCUAUCCAUUCUGUUUUUAAAUUGAAAAAAAUGUUAAAAGUGUUUAUGAAGAAAAGUUUAAAUAAAAUAUUUUUCAUCUUUAAAA